GCUUACUGCCUAGUCUGAUCUUUCCUCCGCCCAACCCUCGUUUCGAUGAGUCCUUAAGAGGGUGUGUCGCUCGUUUUUAUUCUCGUCUGUCGCCCUAUACCAUGCACUUCUUCGGCCGGCUUUGCGGUCUCACGGGCGCUCUCUGGACCGCUCUACUUGCGGGUCAGGUAGCGGUCGCAGAUAUCGGCCUGACCAAUAUCAAUGAUCCAGAACAGAUCAAAAAUGCGGCAGCAACCGCUGCCUAUGAUAUGAUGAGUUACUAUGAUGGCAACAAGACCGGGCAGAUUCCCGGAAAGCUGCCCGGCACCUGGUGGGAAGGAGGUGCUAUGUUCAUGACGUUGAUCGAAUACUGGUACUUUACCGGUGAUGAUUCCUACAACAACGUAACCACCCAGGGUAUGCUCUGGCAGAAGGGCGACGGUAACGACUACUUGCCCUCGAACUGGACCCAGUGGCUGGGCAACGAUGACCAAGUCUUCUGGGGGUUGGCCGCAAUGACGGCGGCCGAAUUGAAUUUCCCCGAGCAACCGAACCAGGUCUCGUGGUUAGCUCUCGCGCAGGGUGUCUUCAACACGCAGGUGCCGCGGUGGGACACGGGCAGUUGUGGCGGUGGUCUGCGCUGGCAGCAGAACUCUUACCAGGCCGGAUGGACCACAAAGAACUCAAUCUCGAACGGAGGUCUAUUCCAGUUAUCAGCACGCCUGGCGCGAUACACCAACAACCAGACCUACGCCGACUGGGCGGAAAAGAUCUGGGACUGGACGCUGACGACACCGCUGAUGAACAACAAGACGUGGAAUGUCGCCGAUACAACGAACGUGGACACGCAGUGUAAGGAUCAGGGUGACCUGCAGUGGACCUAUAACUAUGGCACGUACAUCAGUGGCGCAGGAUACAUGUAUAAUUUUACCAAAGGCGCACAGAAAUGGCAAGAGGGCAUUGACGGUCUGCUCAACACCACCUUCAAGACCUUCUUCCCGCAGCAGUAUGGCGGCAAUAUCAUGUCGGAGGUCGCUUGUGAGCCAAACAUGAUGUGUGACCGCAACCAAGACUGCUUCAAAGGCUUCCUUUCGAGCUGGCUUGCCUUCUUGACCACUGUUGCACCUUACAAGACGGACGUGAUUAUGCCGAAGCUGCAAGCAUCGGCCCUAGCCGCCGCAAAACAGUGUUCGGGCGGUUCUGAUGGCAAGCACUGCGGUCGUCGUUGGUGGCAGAGUACUUUUGAUGGUACUCAGUCAUUGGAGACGCAGAUGAGCGCGACGAGUAUAUUUUCGGUCCAACUCCUUUCGCAGAAGAACCAGGCUCCACUCACCGCUGACACUGGCGGCAAGAGUAAGGGUGACCCCAAUGCCGGUUUGGACGACAACCAGACCCCGAAGGGUGAUGGAUUAGGAAUAAAGAUCACAACGGGUGAUAGAGCCGGCGCGGGCAUUGUAACAGCAAUAUUCUUGACCGGAUGGGUCGGGAUGAUGACCUGGAUGAUCCGUGGCGGUUGAGUUGCGGUGGAGGUCACUUUCCCUUUUCCUUUUUCAUUUCCAUUUCCAUUUGGAUUCUUCUUUUUCUUUUGGGUGCUCUUGACAGGUAUCUGUAUAUGGUUAUUGUUUCUCAUAGGGCGCUUCGAUUGUUCUCCCGGUUAUCUGUCUGACGUUGAGGGUUUUGCACUGGCUUGUACCUCUAUACGCUCCAUAUACCCUUGUCCCUUUCCGAUGUCUAUAACACUGGCAAUAGUACCACAGCGGCAUCUCGGGGGAGGCGCGUCCUUUUUAAACGAUAUUCGGUAUC